AUGCAGUGGCAAUCGUUGCUUGAUAAUAUUAAUCGUAAAGUAGCAACACCUAGUUUAAUAGGAGAAAUUAAUGAUAAUAGAAAUGAAUUUAAAUUAAUAUCACUAAUUAUGUCUAAUUCGACAAUAAAUGAAUUAAUAAUAUCAUGGCUCGAAAAACAAAAUAAAAUGAAAAUAACAAAAUGCACUGAUCAAGCUAAACGGCUAAAAGAUAAAGGCAAUUUAUAUUUUAAAGAAAAAAAUUAUUUAGCAAGUAUUGACUCAUAUACAGACAGUGCUAAAUAUGCUGACUUUUAUAACGGUGAUUUUUCAAUAGCCCUCGCUAAUCGUUCAGCUGCAUUUUUUUUUAUGAGUAGGUACGACCAAUGUUUGGAGGAUAUUGCGGUAGCGAUUCAAUCAAAUUAUCCAAAAAAGUUAAAAUAUAAAUUGCACUUAAGAGCCACUCAAUGUUAUAUUAAAUUACACAAGUUCCAUCAAGCCACCAAAGAACUUUCUGAAGCUGAAAAAUUGAUUAAAAAUGCCGAAGACAUUUCAAAGAGCUCUAGAGAAAAUUUAAUGAACCAAAUUGAAAAUUUAUCAUCUCAAAUUAUCGAGGGAUCUGAAAAGAACUUUCAAUCUAGUAAUUUAAGAGAAAACAAGUUACAUAGUCAUAAAUAUUUAUUUAAUCCUAAUGAAUUACUCCCAUUAAACAUUAAUUUCCCAUCCGCCUCAUCUAAAUUAAGUCGUGAGUAUUCACCGACAAGAGGAAGACAUGUUAUAGCUAAUGAAUCAAUACAAAAAGGGGAUGUACUUUUUGUUGAAAAACCAUUUGCGUUUGUUCCAUUAGAUAAUGCUACUUCUGAUAUUUUAUGUACACAUUGUUGUGGUUUGAUUACUGACUCAGCAAUCCCGUGUAGAAGUUGUUCGAGUAUUUUAUACUGCAGUCGUGAAUGUUGGAUGAAGUCGUGGUCUUAUCAUAAGUUUGAAUGCUCUGGAUACCAAUCAGAAAUAUGGAAGCAAAUUGGAAUAGCUCAUUUAGCGUUGAAAUCGUUAUUAAUAUCCGUUGAAACGGAUGACGUUACGAGAUUUAACGAUGUAGAAGAACUUGUUACCAAUAUCGAUAAAUUAAACUCGGAGGAUUUAAUAAUGUACAGUGUUGCAGCUAUGAUGUUAACCCUUUAUUUAAAAAAGUACACGGAUUUUUUUACCAUAAUUGACAUAAAAAAAUGUUUGAUUGAUAAAUUUAAAAGUGGCAAUCUCAGUUUUCCUUUUGACAAUUCAAGUGAGGAAAGUCAAAAAUUAUUUAUUGGUUCUAUAAUUUUGCGGCAUAUGCUUCAGUUGAUUGCUAAUGGUCACGCGAUCACGCGACUUAAUUUAACUACUGCUGUAGGAGCUGAUGUAUUCGAAGAACAGCAGCAAAGAAUUGCCGUUGGAAUUUAUCCGUCAGCCAGCAUGAUGAAUCAUUCUUGUGAUCCUACAAUACUAACAACAUUUUCAAAUGAUUACCUUAUUGUCAAAGCAAUUAAAGACGUUGUGAGUGGUGAAGAAGUAUUUAAUUGCUAUGGUCCGUAUUUUCGACGAAUGCCGUUUGAAGAACGUCAAAAAGCUUUGAAAGAUCAGUAUCGUUUUGAUUGUAAAUGCAAACCAUGUACAGAUCCUGAUCUUAAACAAUUUUUGGAUCGCUUCACCGGUGUUAAAUGUCCAGAAUGUAAUGGACCGCUGGAAAAAUCCAUAACUCAUUUAUCUCGUUGUUUAGACUGCAAUGCAUCGAGCAAAAUAGACAUUGAUAUGCAAACAGAACUGAAAACUGCUAAUGAUUUGUCCACAUCAGCACAGGAAUAUUUACAAAUGGGGAAAAAUAAAGAAGCAAUUGAUUAUUUAAAACGUUGUUUAAAUAUUCGACAAAAAUGGUUAUAUAAAUAUCAUGAUGACAUAGCAAUAACACUCGAUAAUUUAGCAAAAAUUAAUAUAAUAAUGGGUAAUUUGUUAAACUCGAUGCCGUAUCUUGAACAAAAUCUCGCUAUUGUUGACAAAAAGUUUGGAAAUGAAAGUAUUGAAGCCGCUAAUGAAAUUAACAAGAUCACAGACGUCAAUAUACAAUAUUUGCAACAAAAUGAUAAACAUUCUAAAACUUCAAUUUACAAGGAUACUUUAAAAAAUACUCAAGAUCUCAUUGAUCGGGGAAGGAAAAUAAUGAGCAUAAUAGCUGGUCCUUGGAAUGAAAUCUAUCAGGAAUUAACUAAUAAAAAAAAUCAAUUGUUAAUGUUAGAAUGUUAUAUCUAG